GAACCGUUUCAUUCUUGAAGUACAUGUUCUAAUAGAAAGUCUUGCGAUAAUUCAAAAAGUUACUACACUCCCGUUACAUUAUAAAAAAAAAAACUCAAGUACUAUUAUCGAAUAGUUUCAAAACAGUUUUUACUUCCAAAACAAAUAAUUACAUUUUUUUUUCCAAGUUGAAAGUUUGAAAGUUUAAAAUGUUUUCCAAAAAUGUCAUACUGUUUUUCUGCGCGGCAUUAUACUUUUUGCAAUGUCAGAGUGGCCCAAAUCCUGAACAACUUAAUGGCAUACUUGAAGAAAUUGGGAACUAUUCAAAUUCUGACGGCAUAGUCACAGGUGAGGAAUGGGCCGUAAACUUGACAGGCGUAAGAGAUAUCAUUGGAAGAGUAAAAUACCGACUCUCUAGAAGCCAAGACAUUCCCAGCAUUGAAGGAUUGAAAUCCAUUGCAGCAUCCUACACAUACGACAGAGAUGACGUAACAGAUUUCUUGGACGGUUGCAUUGGUGAUGCUGGUGAAACGGAUCGGAUUAGAACAGUAUUCGAUUCGUAUGGAAAGAACCACAUAACAUAUGGAGAAUUGGAAGAAUUGAUUAUACAAUUAAAAGAUGAUGAAUAUUUCAGUAAAGAAGUUCCAUAUUAUAGCGAACCGAAAACGUCAAUACCGUGCAAGAUGUCACAAGGAGAAUUCGAGUUUAACAAGCACGAAGUUGAAUAUUUCGUCAGUGAUUAUUUAUUUCCUGAUGAUGUUGAUGAUGAUGAUGAUGAAUAGUUUGAUUUUAUUAUUAAAUUGUAUUAAAUUUAUAAUAUUAUGUUUAUGCAUGUAGUUUGUCACAUACAAAUGUAGUUUGGAUUAAAUAAUAAAUAAUUUCGCUCUUUCA